CCUCUAUUUAAACUGUGAUUUUAUCGCGUUUCCCAGCAGAGCUGUGGAAGGCCCCCACCAAAACAGAUAUCAACAUGUUGAAAUUUUCGAUACUGCUGUGUCUCUUGUCCCUGGCAUUUGGUAGUCCUGAUUCCGGGGAAGAUGAAGGCAGAUCCCUUGAAGGGCAGAUGGAGGCAUACAAGGCUUUCAAAGCAUUCGGUAUGUUUGUUGAGAAGGCCAAGGAUAUGAAGGAAGAGGCAAAAGAUAAGAAGACGAUGGAAGCCUUUAAAAGCUUUGCUGCAUUCAAGAAGUUCUCGAUGAAGCUUGCUGCAAUGAAGGGUGAAGGCGAAGGUGAAGGCAAAGGUGAAGGCGAGGGUAUGGGGGAAAUGAGCUUUGAAAAGAAGAAGGAAGCUUUCGAAACCUUUGUUAAAUUCAAGAUGUUUUUUGGAAAGAUGAAAGAAUCAAAGGAGCGAGAGGAAAUGGAGAAGAAGAAGGAGGUUUUCAAGAAGUUCAUGGAGUUUGCAAAGAAAAUGCGUGGUGAGGGCAGGGGAGAGGAAGAGGGAGAGGAAGAGGGAGAGGAGAAGGAGAUGCUGGAGAAGUUCCACAAGUUCAUUGCUCAAAUGAAGGAAAAGAAGGAGGCUGAGAAGAUGGAACAACAAAACGAUGAUGAAUAUCGCCAAAACACAGAGGGGAUGGACUUUGAGCAAAAGGCUAAGGCAUUCAAGAUGUUCGUCGCUUUCAAGAAGUUUGCCGAGAAAAUGAAGGAGGCGAAGGAACAGGAGGCAUUUCAAGAAAAAAAGAAGGCUUUUGAAAUGUUCUGCAAAUUCGUACAGUUCGUUAAGAUGGCAAAGAAGGCAAAGGAGAUGGGCGGUGAAAUGGAAGAGAGGGAAAUGGGGCAAGAAGAAAAAAAGGCUCAGUAUGAGAAGUUUGAGAAGUUUGUGAAGUUCAUGAAAGCAAUGAAGGCUAAAGGCAUGGAAGGUGCUGAAGACAUGGAAUUCGAAAAGAGAACAGAAGGUAUGGACUUUGAGAAGAAGGCCAAGGCUUUCAAAUUAUUUGUUGCUUUCAAGAAAUUUGCUGAGAAAAUGAAGGAGGAAAAAGAGCGUGAGGCAUUUGAAGAGAAGAAGAAAGCAUUUGAGAAGUUUGUAGGUUUCAUGAAGUUUGUCAAGAUGUCAAAGAUGGAAAAUAGCGGUGAACAAAUGGGAGACGACGAAAAAGACGACAUGGAUGAGAAGAAAGCAAUGUUCGUCAAAUUCGUAAAGUUCCUCAAAGCAAUGAAGGCCAAGAAAGCCCUCGAGGAACAAGACAAGAAAAAUGACAUGGAUUUCGAAAGAGAUACACAGGAACUCUCCUUCGAGCAGAAGGCAAAGGCAUUCAAAAUGUUCGUUGCAUUCAAGGCGUUUGCCGGUAAGAUGAAGGCAGCAAAGGAAGAGGAAGAAAUGCAGCAGAAGAAGAAGGCUUUCAUGAUGUUCGCCAAAUUCGUAAAAUUCGUCAAGGCGAUGAAGCAGAUGAAGAGUCAGAUGCAGGGUGGAGAUGAGAGGGGCGAAGGGAUGGACGACAAAGGUAUGGAUUAUGAAGAAAAAGCCAAGGCCCUCGAGAAGUUCAAGAAAUUUCAGGAAUUCAUGAAGUAUGCUGAGAUGAAAAAGGAGGGGAAAGAUGGCGAGGAUGACGGGAUGUACGCCAUGUGGCAGAAGAAGAUGGAGGUCCUCCAAGGGAUGGAGAAGCAGAGAAAGAUGAUGGAAUUCAUGCAAGAUUUUGAGAAGAAGAAGCACGAAGUCGCUUUCAAAAUCACCCAUCAAUUCACCCAGCUGUGCCAGUGCGCUGAAAUCAGUGACCAGAUGUCAAUGAUGACGGGCCAGAGAGGCAACAACGCCUCUGUGAACGGCACAGAUUUGAUGACUGGAAUGGGCAACAUGAACCAGACAACAGGAUUAAGCGAAAUGGAGGCAGUUCAAAUGGCAAAGAAACUGAGGGCCAUGACAAAGGAACAGCAGGUGAAGGUUUUCAUGGCUGGGCUCAUCAAAUCUGUAUGUGGAGGAGCCAAGGUAUUUGUGCAGCAGGCCAAAAGAUUCCAGGAAACGUACUUGAGCGACAUGGACAAUUAUGAGACUACAACCCGCGCUGGCUUCUUCACAAGCUAGGCCUGACUGGUGUACACAACGUCGACAUCGUGACCGACGACGGCGAUCCAGCUAGUCCGUUACACACACUAUGCUGCUCAAUGACGACAACGUGAAGAUAUCAUCAUGUGUUACUAAUUUUGUAAUAAAAAAUGAACAUCA